AUGGCUGAUCAGAAUGAAAAAUCUUUUCAAAAGCAACCUACGGUUUUUUUAAACCGAAAAAAAUCUUUAGGAAUUAAGAAAAAUAAAACUGGAUUGAGGUACAUUCGAAAUGUUGGGUUAGGAUUUAAAACCCCUCGGGAGGCCAUUGAAGGAACAUAUAUUGAUAAGAAAUGUCCAUUCACCGGAAAUGUUUCCAUCAGAGGUCGUAUACUAACUGGAGUUGUUCAAAAGAUGAAAAUGCAAAGAACAAUCGUAAUAAGACGUGAUUAUCUUCAUUACAUUAGAAAGUAUAAUCGAUUUGAGAAAAGACAUAGAAAUAUGUCAAAAUUAAAAUUUCUCUUUAAUUUUAGGGAUGUUGAAAUCGGGGAUGUUGUUACUAUUGGCGAGUGUAGGCCUCUUAGUAAAACUGUGAGGUUUAACGUUCUUAAAGUGACCAAGGGUCAAGGAUCCAAAAAAAGUUUUAAAAAAUUUUAA